UUUUCUUUAGCUUAUGUCGCUAAGGCAUCAUUUGAUGCCCUCUCACCUCCCCUCUCUUUUUCUCUCUCUGUUAUUGCAUUGCUUCUCACUCUACUAGAGCCAAAGACGCAAGGUGGAGAGAGAGAGAGAGAGAGAGAGAGAGACGACAGGGAGAAGAAACACUUGCCCACCAAUUCAGGAACACGCAUCAUCUUCAUCGUUCAACGACAGCAGAGGAUUUACAGAGGGUGUCCGUCAUCGUCUUCGUGGUGUUUAAAGUUGGUUUUUGGAUGCAAAACGAUAAUGGGUUCUUCAGGGCAAAGCGGUGGCUAUGAUCUGUCGUUCAAGAUCUUGCUGAUCGGAGACUCUGGCGUCGGCAAAAGCAGCCUUCUUGUCAGCUUCAUCUCUUCUUCUGCUGAAGAUCUCGCCCCGACCAUUGGAGUUGAUUUCAAGAUAAAGUCGCUCACAGUCGGUGGGAAGAGACUAAAGCUGACAAUUUGGGACACUGCUGGACAGGAGAAGUUCAGAACAUUGACAAGCUCCUAUUACAGAAAUGCCCAUGGAAUCAUUCUUGUUUAUGACGUGACAAGAAAAGAGACCUUUGCAAACUUAUCCAAUGUAUGGGCAAAAGAAGUGGAACUCCAUUCUGCUAGUCAAAAUUGUGUUAAGAUGCUUGUCGGGAAUAAAGUUGACAAGGAUUCUGAAAAGGCUGUGAGUACAGAGGAGGGAAUUGCUCUGGCGAAAAAACUUGGUUGCUUAUUUCUAGAAUGUAGUGCAAAAACUAGAGAGAACGUGGAGCAGUGCUUUGAAAAACUGGCCUUAAAGAUUAUGGAGGUUCCCAGUCUCUUGGAAGAAGGAUCAACUGCUGCAAAGAAUAAAAUUUUGAAGCAGAAACAAGAACACCGACCACCUGCUAAUGGCAGUUGCUGUUCUUAGUAGGCUGCUGCAUGGCAAUAGAUUCUGUGCCAAAGCUCUAGUUGCGCUCCAAUAGAAGGUGAAAAAUCAAACAACUUGAGUGGAAAGGAAUCUGCAGAUUCACCCUUGGCCAUGUUAUGAUCUGAUUAUGUAAAUGAUUGCUGCUUUUCUUUUGCCUUAUUCUUUUUCAUAUUUGAUCCCCUUCUUCUCUUGUAAUUUAACCCUGCCGUCGUGGAGUGGCUUUAGUUGUACCGUUGUUCUAUCGAUACUUGUUCGUGUGUUAGCUCGUGUACAUUGUUGCCUCACUGGAUCAUGGUUAUGCGACAUGCCGCAGGAACAAGUAUAUUGUAUGUAUAAAUUCUUUUCCAUUCAAUGCAAAGGUUCCGUGCCUUUCCUGCCCUGAA